AUGGGCAAGGGGAAGCAGCGCGUCCGCGUCCGCCCCGGCGCCGGGGCCGGUGCCGGCGGAGGAGAAGCCGCCGCGGAAGGCGAUGCUGCCCCUGCCGGCGGUGGCGGUGCUGCCGGAGGGCACAGCCCCUCCACCGUCUUCGUCUCCAACCUGCCCUACACCUACAAGUCCGCCGAUCUCGAGACGGUGUUUAGCGAGGUGGGGCCGGUGAGGCGCUGCUUCAUGGUCGCGUCCAAAGGAUCCGAGACGAGCAGAGGAUUUGGGUUCGUGCAAUUUGCCACUGUUCAAGAUGCUGAGCGAGCUAUCAAGGAAAAGAGCGGAUUUGCUGUCGCUGGUAGGAAAAUCAGAGUUAAGCUCGCAAUUCAGCGUGCUCCAUUGAAGGAACGUUUGCAUAAGAGAGAGACGGUGCAAGCUGAGGACUCGAAUGCGAAAGAUGAAGAAGAAGAUGAUAAUUCUACCCCUGCAGAACAUAAGGAAACAUCUCAUAAAACAGACACAGGACCACCACAGUUAUUGGCCAAGGAUACCAAAGUAGCAAAGGAAGAUACCAAAGUAGCAAAGGAAGUUAGCAUUAAGCCUACUGAUAAAGUGAAAAGUUCUGAAAAGCAAAGGAUCGCAAAAACUGUCAUAUUUGGUGGUCUUCAAGACUUCUCUACGGCUAGUGAAGUUUUCCGUCUUGCUGGAGAGAUUGGCACGGUAGUAUCUGUAAAUUAUCCACUUCCAAAAGAGGAAAUGGAGCUCCAUGGGCUUGCACGAGAUGGAUGCACAUCGGAUGCAGCAGCAGUACUCUUUGCAAGUGUCAAAUCAGCUUGGGAUUCUGUUGUUCUCUUGCAUCGUAAGGAGGUCAAAGGAGCAACUGUUUGGGCUCGUCAACUUGGCGGGGAGGGUUCGAAGAUCAGGAAAUGGAGAGUGAUAGUCAGGAAUCUGCCAUUCAAGAUUACUAUAAAGGAGAUCAUGGACGUGUUCAGUUCUGAAGGAUUUGUCUGGGAUGUCUCCAUUCCACAAAAGUCUGAUGAUGGGAAAUCAAAAGGCUUUGCUUUUGUUUCUUUCACACGUAAACUGGAUGCAGAAAAUGCUAUAAAAAAUGUGAAUGGGAAAGUUAUUGCAAAGAGAACUGUAGCUGUUGAUUGGGCUGUUCCAAAGAAUGUAUAUGCUGUUGCUGCAAAGUCUGAUGUUAAGGAUGAUGAGUUGGCAGAUGUAUCUGACAAGGGCAGCGAUGAGGAAACCUCUGAUGAUGAUCUUGUUGGGGGAGAUGACAGUGAUGAUGGUGAUGAUCAGGAGACUUCCAAUCCUCUUCGUGAGGAUGAUUUCAAAAGGGAGGCAGACAUUUCUAGAAAAGUGCUUGAAAAUUUAAUCAAGUCAACGGAGAAGGCUGAACCAUCUGCUGUCGAGGUUUCUGAUAUUGAUACAGAUUCUGAAGCAGAAAGUGACACAUCAGAAAAGAUGAGACCCCACUCACUUGCAGCUGUCAAGUUGGCAGAAUCUAAGCAUGUAACAGAGGCAGAAAGUACUAUUCCUUCUUCGAAACCUCAAACUGUCAUGUUGGUAGAAUCUGAACAUGUAUCAGAGGCAGAAGACACUGUUCCUGCUUCGAAACCCAAGAAAGAAGAUUCUGGCCUGGAUAGGACAAUAUUCAUAAGCAACCUUCCUUUUGGUAUUAAUAAUGAGGAGGUAACACAGCGGUUCUCAGUAUUUGGGAAGGUCCAAUCUUUUGUCCCUGUUCUGCAUAAACUCACAAAGAGACCUAUAGGAACUGGGUUUCUUAAGUUUUCUACAGCAGAGGCGGCUGAUGCAGCAGUUUCUGCUGCUAAUGCUGCUCCUGGGUUAGGAAUUUUUAUAAAAAGUAGGGCACUUAAUGUUAAGAAAGCGCUAGACAAGGAGUCUGCUCACAAAAAGGAGCUGGAGAAGGGAAAGAAUGAGAUCGAGGAUCGGCGUAAUCUGUACUUGUCCAAGGAAGGUGAAAUACUCCCUGGAACGCCAGCUGCGGAAGGUGUAUCAGAUGUUGACAUGAAUAAACGUAAUUGGUUAGCUAAAAGGAAAGCGGAAAUGCUUGUAUCUCCAAAAUUUCACGUCUCCAGAACAAGGCUUAUCAUUUACAAUUUGCCAAAGACUAUGACCAUUAAUGAUGUCAAGAAGCUUUGCCGAGAAGCUGUAAUUUCUCGUGCUACCAAGCAAAAUCCUGUCAUCCGGAAGGUAAAUAUACUGAACAACGAAAAGAAAGGAAAGGGGGCUGCACAGAAGCAUUCCCGUGGUGUAGCCUUUGUUGACUUUCAAGAACAUGAGCAUGCCCUUGUAGCUCUAAGGGUUCUAAACAACAAUCCUGGAACUUUUGGUACAGAACGUCGUCCCAUUGUGGAGUUUGCCCUUGAGGAUGUUGAGAAAAUGAGGCUCCAGAGGAUCCGAAACGAACGCAAUGAGAGGGCGAAAGAGGCUGCACAAGAUCGGCGGAGGACUCUGGGAGAUCAGUCCGCAACUGAUGGCCCUCCUCCAAAUAAGAAAAGGCCUUUUGGAAAAGGGAGGAAGCAGGAAUCGCAUGAUGUACCAUCUAAAUCACCCGAGUCUGGCAGUUCGCCGCCAGAUGUCAAGUAUUCUGCAGAUCCGGAAUCUGCGGGGAGUACACAGGGAGACAAAAGGCAGCCUCAAAGGCCCGCAAAACGAGCAAGGCACUCAAAGAAGAGCGCCGUUGUGUCAGAGGGAAAUCAAGCAGAUGCAGCCCCGAAUGCUGUGGCGACUAAGAAACCUUCCGCAGCGCAUGAGCAGGCAGAUGCGCGGAGAAAAAGAAGAAACACAAACGAUGGCCAGGUGGAGCAGAAGAGAGGGAAGGCUGCAAAGAGGGCGAAGAAAGAGCCAGGCGUCCAGGGAGGUGUGGAUAAAUCUCUGGCGGAGCAGUACCGCUCCAAGUUCUUGCAACACGGUGUGAACAAAGCCAAGGAGAGUUAAGCCGGAUUUGAUCGCCAUGACAGGGACCAGCUUCUCCGAAGCGUAUGAUUUUGCUUGUAGUGAGAUGUUUUGAUUCCCCCUCCCUCUUCUCUUUGUACAAUAGCGACAAACCUUUAUCAAGCUUUUCACUUACCAAAGUUCUCUAUUUCUAA